GGCUGAGGGUCAUUCAUUAAACUGCCAUUGUGUAAUUUACUGACAGUGACGUCAGAACACUGAUGGAGACGAUUUAUUGUGAAGAGUUCUCACUCUGUUUCAUAUUUCAGUCACAGUUUAUUUGAUGUCAUCGUGUGUGUGUCAUGUCUUCAUGUGAUUCAUGUUUGUGUUUUAUGUAAACACACACAGACUGAGGUGAUAAAGUGUGUCUGUGCUGCAGCGUCUUGAACAUGAAUCCUGAGCUCAGCAGAAACAGACAGAGUGAGACCUCUCACUGUCACACACACUCUCUGCUCACUGACGCAGCAGGAAGCAGCAGCAGAAGAAGAGACGAGGAGAGAGCCACAAUUCCUCUGGUCCACGAUCACACAGCAGCAGUAAUCUAUAACCUGUAAUCAGUAAUCUGUUAGUGUGUUGUUGGUGUGAUGAUGUCACCGCUGCAGGUGUUCAGACAUCAGUGAUAAUCGAUAACUGAUAGAGUCAGACUUCUGUAUCUGUGACAGCGUGUCGUUGGUGUGAGGUCGUGAUGAUGUCGGUGCUGCAGCUUCCUGCCGAGCUGUGGCUGCAGGUGUUCAGCUUCCUGUCCUGGAGAGACAAACUGAGCGUGCGCUGCACCUGCUCACACUUCAAACUCCUGCUGGAUAAGUCCCGCCCCCUGUGGCGAGGCUUCACCGUGGUACUGCGACAGUUCUCCAGAUACAACCGGCCGUUCUGGCGCAGCCUGGCUCAGAGGCACGUGGACAGCGUAUCUGUGCGUUCAGGUAAGAGGAAACACCUGAAGCAGCUCGCCACCUGGCUUCCUGCUCUCGAGGCGUUGCGGUUGGACGACUGGCAGGAAGGCGGCGUCGACGACCUGAAACUGUUCCACCGGCUGCAGCAGCUGUCCGUCACUUCCUGUUCCAUGCCGUUGAAGAGCAUCGACUUCCUGCUUCCUCUCAGUCAUCACCUGUUGCAGCUCAGACUGUGUAACGUGCAGCUCACCUGUAACGCCUCUCACCUGUUGACCGCCAUCAGUCAGCUGACUCGUCUCACCUCGCUGCAGCUUCACCAUGACGGCAGUCUGAGAGUCCCGAAGCCCAGCGGCGUCCUGACUCACCUGACCGAGCUCAAACACCUGUCCUGGACCAUGAUCACAUACAAGAUGCUGUCACAUGACUUCUUCAGCCCCGCCCACCUCGCAGGUGGUGGCGCUCUGCAGCUGUCUGACCUCCAGCUGUUAAACUAUGACGCAGUGGUGACGCAGGAAGUCCUGCAGCCUUUGUCCCGCCUCCGCAGCCUGUCAAUCUUCCACCUGUAUUCCGUACCGGGACCCACCUGUCACCUGCAAACAUGGCUGACGUCACUGCCACAGCUCCGCAGCCUCAGCGUGCACGGAGGCCAUCCUCUUGCGGCGUACGCUGACUUCCUGCCAUCCUCCCUCCUCAGUCUGACUCUCUGUGUGGAUCUGCAGCCUGAAGACCUGCAGGUGGUCUCACAGAGAGCGCCUCACCUGGAACACCUGCACCUGGAGCCCUGGAGCUCCUCCGCCAGCCUGGUCAGACUCCUCCCACAGCUCUUCCCCCAGCUGAGGACGCUCCGAAUCAGACAUCAUCACCUGUCAGACAGUGACUUCCUGCGUCUGCAGCAGCUUCAACAUCUCGACACUCUGGAGAUUUUGGAUUCGUACUACAGACCUGACCCGUCCGACCCGAGUUGGGUCGUCUACGAGCCGAGCUCCCGUCUGCUGCAGCUGAUCUCUGACCUUCAGAAACUGACCAACCACCGAGUCCGAGUCAUCACCAGCUCACACAGAGACACGCUCUCCUGCCACUGUGUCUGACCAAUCGGAAACUGUUUGCCGUGCUGUGAGGGCGGGGUCAGUUCUCAGGAGAGCACUGAAACACAGAUCCAAAGAUUUUAUCAAACAUGUUAUGAAAUGUUUGUCAGUGUGAAGUUUAUAAAUAUUUAAAUUAUAUUAUUGAACUAAAUGUGCCAGCUGCAUCACUGCUGCAUUAUGGGUAAAGUUUCUCAAUAUUAGCAUAUGAAUGUUUGCAGGUGAAGGGAUUUCUGUAAUUUACAGGGACUGUUCAUUACUUACAAGAGGGGAGAGGUGGUGCAAAAAGGAGGAGGCAUAUCAAAUAAUUUUUUAAGCACUUGUUUUUUAUUUUGGCUUAGGGGAUGGGCGUGGCAAUUUAAAUGUUUUAUUUUGUCUUUACUGCAGAAUUUUAAAGAAAAAGUGCCUUUGAAGGUUUUAAAAAUCACUAAAUUACACAAUUUAUCAGUCAGAAACUGUAUAAACAGAAGUUGUCCUUGGAUUUUCAAAUUUUAGAUGGUCCUUGAAUGUAUUUUAUGGGAUGAGUGCUUACAUCUGAAAAAAAGCAUAACCACAUUUGAGCUUAAAAUAGUGAUAUUUAAUCAAAAUCACUUUAUUUUGCAUCUGAUUUAAAAUUUGUCUGAAAACCAAGACUUUUUUCAACUCCAGUAUUUCGUCUUUUUACUUUCAAUUUUUACUUUUCAAUUCUUCAGGAAGGGUGAAAAAAAUAGUGAUGUUUAGUCAAAUUCACUUAUUCUUCAUGUCUUAAUUAAAAUUAGGCCAAAAAUAAACUGUUAGUACAAAUACACUAGCAUACACAACAAGAGUGAAAAACUAGGCUUUUUUCAACUUCAGGAUUUUGUCUUCAAGAUUUAACUUUCAAACACUGAAACGUAAUUUUUAAAAAUCUAAUAACUAAUUCAUGGUGAAGAGAGGGUUCUGCCAGUCACUCAGGGGGCCUCAAGGAAAAAUAUUUGUAGCUUUAGGCCAAACAAAGCACUCCAGAUAUCCCUCUCUCCAGCACACUUUCCAGCUCCUCCUGGGGGAUCCCGAGGUGUUCCCAGGCCAGAUGAGAUAUGUAGCUCUACUCCGAGCUCCCUCCAGAUGUCCAAGCUCCUCACCUUAUCUCUAAGGCUGAGCCCAGACACCCCAUGGUCACUAACCAGAGCUCAUGACCGUAGGUGAGGGUUGGGACGUAGAUGGACCAGUAAAUAGAAAGUUUUGCCUUCUGGCUCAGCUCCCUCUUCACCAUGACAGUACAGCGUAGUGCCCACAUCACUGCAGAUGCUGCCAAAUCACUGAUCCAUCUCACACUCCAUUCUACCCUCACUCAUGAAUCGCACUCCGAGAUACUUACUCCUUUGCUUGGGGCAGUAACUCCGUCCCCAGCCACCCCCUCCUCUGAUAAAUAAAGAACAAUCCCUUAUUAGUCUUAGUCUGCCAAAUCCAAAGAGAUAAAGCACACUGGACACUGGUUUAAUGUUAACCCGGAACAAGUCCACCCGUUCGCCUCUCAGUGGCUUGUUGAGACAUUUUGUUUUGUUAAAGAGUCACUACAUAAAAUGACAUCACUUCAUAAUUUUAUCCUUUUCAACAUUUGCAUGAGUUAUGGCCAAAAAUCUGUUUUGUGACACCACAGUGGCCUCCGCUGAGUGCAAGUGGAUGUUUGUGCCAAAUUUGAAGAAAUUCCUUGAAGGCGUUCUUAAAAUACCAAGUUCACAAGAAUGAGACGUAUGUAUGUACAGACCAACAACCCAAAAACAUGCCUCUGGCCUAGGUGGUUGCCAGCGCAGUCAUUACAAGGAUUUAUUGAUGUCUUUUUAGUGGAUCAUAACACAUCAGCUAUUAUUAAUCUGCAGACGCUACAGAUCAAAAUGAGAGCAAACUUCUCUAUGAAUGUCAGCUUUUGAGUCAUGAUGAAGGCCAACGUGUCUGCAACAGAUGUUAAGACUUGUUUUAGCCGAGCUGAAUUCUGGACAACUGGCGGCCCCCAGCAGCCAGUUAAGAGGAGUGAGGGGUCAGCAGUCAGUAGCCCUUCCAUCACAGAACCAAACAACAGCAGCAUCAUGCUGCUCCAGUGUGUGAUUCUCGGCAGCAACACAACAUCACCCUCUAGUGUGACAUAUUACAUACGUAUCAGCAGCACUUUACAGUCACGUCAGUAACAAUCAUGAACUGUCUCUGUUAUAUGGCAGCUGAUUUUGUCCUCUGCUCAGAGGCUGAGGAGCUCCUGGACCUCACUGUUUUCCCAAUAUGAAACAUUUUCAGCCAUCGUUCUUCUUCGAGUUAGCUGCUAACUGCUAUUUUUUAAGUGCCCUGCGGUGGGUCCCGAACAUUACACGUCAUCAAAACAUCACACCCAUGACCCUGUGCUGCCGACUGUCCCGUUUAUACAGACAUUGUGUCGGCACUGUUGCUACCUCCGAUACCAGCUUAAAGGUGAGACAACUCUGUCACCCCAUUUCACAAUAGUACAUUUUAUACUGAACAACGCAGCAGCAUAACGGCGUGAAGUAACAAGGUUAUACAGCAAAGGUUUUUGUGAAUCACCAUUACCACAAGGUACACUUACAACUGCUUACAACAUACACUUGUUAACGUUUUUAUUAAGUGUUUUGCUGUGAGGUUAUUUAAUCAGCACCGUUCUAUCAUAACUACUAAUCAACUGAGCCUUCAGGUUUUGCAGGAUUUAUACCUCAAUGUCAAAUCGACGCCGUACCUACGGCAUAGGCUUUGGUUUGACUUAGAGCCUACACCAUAGCCUGAUGUGCACCUCCCCAGAAAUGUAUCUACAGGUUGCAAUGACGCAGACCUCCUGUCUGUUUCUGUAAGCUGAAACCAUUUCCCUCAGUGGAAACAAAGCUUUUAUUUACUUUAAUUUCACAGAUAAACAAUAAAUUGUGAAGACAAUAAAGCCUCCACAAAAAUUUUAAGUCUUGUGUGUGAUUUAUCCUGACAGAGGAAAUCUCUGCUCAUCACAAGGCUAAUUUAUACAAUGUAAAAUGCCAUAGGCUUGUGCUAAUAACAUUAGCAUGUUGUAUUUGUGGGGAAAAUGUGUCCAGAUAAAGACAAGUGUUUGUCUCUGAAUGCUGCGAGUUAUAGUGAAGCUGAUUUGUGUACUGUUUGAAAUUGUCUCUAUUAAGCCAUGUUUAAAAUAAACUAAACUUGACAGCACUUCACAGAAACCUCCACCACCAACUAGCAUUUUGGAGGUGUAACCGCAGAGUAGUCUGAGUGGGCGGAAGUUCGCUGCAUAGAUCAGCCUCUCAUUGGGCGGAACGAGCCACCCGCUUAAGUCCCGCCCUACCACCUCCGGUUGUCAUAGUCAACAAAUGUCCUUUACUAACUUUUGCGGUGUUUGAUCUUGCGGGGAUGUAGCCAUUUUUCUGCCAUGGUUCGUGUCCUGUAGGCGAAAUUUUUGUGGGUGUUACACCAAAACCUGUUUCCCCCCGGCAAUAUUUUUGCAAGCGCACCGUUGCUGUGGCACCGCCCAGAACGAUUGUGAUUGGUUGAAAGAAAUAAACGCCGGGGUGUUUUUUUUCUCCAGUCUUAAAGUGAGAGUCAGCGCAGCCAGACCUUUUUCUUGAGAAAGGUCUGGUGAGUGAGACUAACUGCAGUGACACAGACACACCACCGCACUGCUCAAGUCCCCAAAGACACCCUGCUGUAAAUGAUUCAGAUUCAAAGAUACUUUGACACUUGGAUUAUUUAACUGGACUUAUACCUCGCAGAAUGAUUCUGAAGAUGCUACAAAUACAGAAAACAAAGACUUUUAUUUUGGAAAUUACAAACAGACUUCUGUUCAGGUAUUUACAGCUGAAAAAAAAAAAAAAAAAAACAUAAAAUUUAUAUAAAAAACAAAAUCGUCCUCUUUUCUUUCUGCGUUCAUGCAGUCCAUUAUUGUAGAACUCCCAGAAUGCUUUGCAUUCAGACAGGUGAGAGAAUGGGCGGAGUCUCAGUGUCUGUUCACCUGCUGAUCCAACGACAUCACUCUGACGCAUCGCCGUCUUUCUGUUUCUUUUUCUUCUUCUUCUUUUUGGCACUUUCAACAACCU